CCGGGUCGAUGGGCCCCGCCCCCUCCUCUCGCAGCCCCCGAACCCGCGCGUCGCCCCCCUAUUCUUCGAUCCGUCGACGAAGAUCUUCGACCGGCGCCGCCACCCUCCGUGGUGGUACAUGCAAACGCCAACGCAGGCCCGACUAUUGUCACAGGGCAACAACCUCCGAUUAGCAAUUUUCCUCCUCCCCCUGCUCCGGCUGUUUUGCCCGCGGCAACGGCCCGUUCCUUCGAUCCGUCCAGCGACCCCAAAGAGGACUACAUCCCCAUCGUGCACCAGACAUCUCUCGACGAGACCAGCACUAAAUCGAAGGGGAAGAUGCCUGCUCCCCCUAUCGCAAUCGUAAUCCCGCCCACCCCGAGCGACGACGGCUUCACGCCCGUCACGCCGACGCCGGCGUCGCCUCGGGUGAAAGGAUUCCGACUCAGCCGGGCUCCUCCGCUCCCCCCAUCUCCAAAUGCGCUCGGCAUAUCGGUUCCUGCGGGCAAGAAGUUCGUCCGCGCACAGAGCAUGAAGGCCGAGAUCUGCCACGUGGACGACGACACGACGCCUUUAAGCCCGACCAGCGGUCAGGAUUUGGAGGCGCAGAUGGUGACGAUGACGAGGCCGAAACCGAAAAGGAAGACGCUGUGGGGGGUUAUCGAGGGGUGGUGGGACUUGGGUUUAUUGGAGCGCGGGAAAAGUUUAAGGCGUAAGGGUUAAUGUGUAUGUGAACAUGGUUAUAGUAAUGGAUGAGGUGUAGGCAAUGGAUGGUCGGUCUGGUUGGGGAUGGCUGGAGUUUUUGAUUUCUGAUAUUGAGCAAGAAAACAUUGGUAGAGAUUGGUUUAAUAGGCAGCAUUGGUAAUAUCUAAAUAAGCAUAGAAAACAUGAAUCAAAUUAAUAAACCCAU